GGGCCCCUGCCCGUAAGAUCCUCCCCAUGCUUCCCCCAGCAUGGCACAGGGGAUGGCUGUACUGCUGGAUGCCGGGUAUUCCCACCCACCUGGCUGUACAUGGGUUUGCUGCUGCUGGGGUGAUCCGUGUGGCAUGGCCUGCAGGAUCCUCCCAUAGCCUGCCCCAUACAUUGUUGCUCUGUAGCUAGUGGUCCCAGCAUUUCCCCCUCACCUGCAAGGGUGCACUGUGCCUGACCCUGCCCUGAUUGUGUCUGCAGGUGAUCAGCUCUGUGAUUGCACCUGGCAGCUGAGUGGCUGCAGACUCAGAGCACAUGUAAAGAACAACAGCCUGAUCCGUGACCAUGCAAGACAGCUAUUAUCAGCUGCGAGUGCAGCUUUCAGCCAAAGGGAAGCGCGUUGUGAGGCCGUAUGCAGAACACGGCAGGAAUCCUUAUGGAUACGGAUGGCGUAGGAAUGGGGAACUGAUGCAGAACUUCCGUAACAAACAGUAUUAUGACGUGAAACCGUUGUGGUUUAGAAUAACGAUCCCGUAUGGGCGGAACUACAAUAAGGCAUGGCUGCUGAAUUCCAUUGCGAACGAGUGCGGCUUUCAGUUCCCAGCUAUUCAGUUCCAUUAUGUAAACCACGUGGCCGCUUUCUUCGUGGACAAUUUUCAAAUGGCCAGAUCUCUUUCCCGGGCUUCUAGGAAGAUUCCAGGCGAGCGCUACCACAAGAUCAUUAUUAACGUCAUGCCCAUCCACCCCCUAUGUGAUCAGAUGAGGGGCACGAGGCCUGUGGAUACAAAUUGUCCGAGCCCUCUCAUGGCGAUGAAUUUCUUGGAUCGCAGUCCCGCGUACAUCCAGGUGUGUCUACAGAAGAGAUAUAACCGGUCACUGGAAACCCUGGACCUGAGCAACCUGUCUAACGAUCCAGGUUUGCGAUCUGCCAACAUCUUUCUGUGCUUCAGCAACUCCUCGGCUACAGAACUGAUACUGCGAAUUAUUUCCGAGUAUUUCCACCAGCUCCUGUCUCUGAAUCUGAGUCAUAACAAGCUGUCCAGGCUGAGCGGCUUUGCCCACCUCUUCAUCCUGACGCCCCAGCUGCAGAGCCUGAAUCUCUCCUACAACCAGAUCUGCCAAACCCAAGAACUCGGUCGCAUCCACAACCUGGCGCUGAGAGAGCUGUGGCUGGAAGGAAAUCCUCUGUACGAGUUUGCGGAAAGCUCCUCUGAGUAUUACAGAUUGAUCAACUAUCAUUUUCCUACAAUCCAAAAGCUGGACGGAGUACAUUUUAAACACGAUGUAUGUUGUGAUCAAGAGGAACCCAAGCCACUCCCAAGUCCAAAGGGAAGCUAUUUUAUUUGUGAUGAAAUCAAAGCCUUCCUAAUGAAGUUUCUGCACCAAUACUUUACAAUAUACGAUUCUGGAGAGCGUCAGGCUCUCCUGCCCCUAUACCAUGAGAAGGCCUGCUGUUCCUUUAGUUUGCCCGGUGUCUUCUUUCCAAAAUAUUGGUAUUUUCCCUGCAGCAUGAUCGUUAUUCCAAGGGUUACCCCAAGCUUUGACCAGAUUACGGACUAUUGGAAAGAGAACAGGAACCUUCUCAAAGUUAAAAGACCAGGUAUGAGACUGCACUAUCUGAAAUACAACAGACUACAGGUGGUCGGUUUACUGUGCAAUCUCCCGAGAACAGAACACGACCUGCAGUCAAUGAAUGUGGACGUCAGUUUGCAGACAACAUCCCUUAUGUGUUUCGUUGUAGAAGGAAGAUUUAGGGAAGUGAAUAUGAACUGCAAGAAACCUUAUAUUCCCUUCUGGAGAACCUUUGUCAUCACCCCGAGCUCGGACACCUGUGCGCAGAUCUUGAACGAUCAGAUGGUAAUAAAUAAUUUGCAUGUUGAUCUGCAAGAAACGUCUUCACUUCAACCUCCAAAACCCUUACUGGCACCCCUAGAAGCGCCACCUUCUCCUGCUUCCAGCGAUGAUACCAUCAGCACUGUCGUCUCUGAAUAUACAGGAAAUGCGGAGAUCUUGAACGAUCAGAUGGUAAUAAAUAAUUCACGUGUUGCUUUGCAAGAAACGUCUUCACUUCCACCUUCAAACCCCUUACUCGCACCCCUGGAAACGCUGCCUCCUCCUGCGGCCAGCGAUGAUACCAUCAGCACUUUCUCUGAGUAUACAGGAAUGAAAACCAUCUGGGCUCUCAAGUGUCUUGAAGACAAUAACUGGGAUGUAGAAGAAGCAAAGAAAAUAUUUGAUAUCUUAAAGGAGAGGGGCGACAUCCCCCUUGAGGCAUUCACUGGCGAGGAGCAAACCCCCGACCUGUCCGGGUAACCUGUAACACAGACACGGGCCUCUCAAACAUCCUGAUUUGUUGAUUUCAUUGUCAAGGAGGUUCUUGAUUUAUUUAAUGUUUUUAUGUUUUAAAUGUUGCAGAGAUUUGCAGACUCUCCUGUGUAAAUGUGAA